AUGCCAGAUAAUACAACAGAAGUGUAUUUAAAGUAUGAUAAAAAACCAAGUGUAACUGAUUUAGGCCGUCCUGCAAGAGUUCAAUGUAAUUCUAAGCAGAAUAUUGCAUAUAUAGAAGGAGGCGAACAAUAUAAUAUUUGGUAUGGAAGAUAUGUUUAUGAUUAUGCGAAACGUACAAGAUUACCUGCUCAAACACGUUGCAAUCCAAUUAAAGAUAUUGGGUGGACUAAAGCAGAUACUGAACCAGGGAAUAAUUUACCCUCAUUUUGUUUAUACUUUGCUCGUGGUUGUUGUACUAAUGGUGCCUCGUGCAAAUAUUAUCAUCAUUUACCAACACGUGAAGAUGAUGAUGGCCUUUCACCUAUGUAUGAUAUUUUUGGAAGAGAGAGACAUGCACAACAUAAAGAUGAUAUGAGUGGAACUGGAUGUUUUAAGAAGGAUAGUAGAACAAUAUUUAUAGGUGAGAUAUUUAUAGAUAGGCAAAAGGAGAAUUAUAAUAAAAUAAUAAGUGACCAAAUAAAUAAAGAAUUUAAUAUAUGGGGACCUAUUGAAUAUUCUAGAGUGAUUUUAAAUAAAAAUAUUGCUUUCAUACGUUAUAGUUAUAGAGCAUCUGCAGAAUUUGCCAAAAUUGCAAUGGAUGGACAAAAACUCGGUAAUGGAUGUGGUGAUAAUAUUAGUGUGAAAUGGGCAUAUGAUGAUCCGAAUCCAUAUGCAAUAGAAGCUCAAAAUGAAAUGAAUUCCCUUAUUGUUGAAGAUACAGUUUCGAGGCUUAUAAAGAGACAAAGAUGCCUCCUACCUAAAGAUAACAUAUCAAUGCAAGCUGGGUUUUAUGUGAAUACAUCAAUUGGUAACUUAGAUAAACAAAAUGAACAUAGAGAUCCUUACACUCCCAUAACAAGAGAAUCAUACAAAAUAAUACAAGAAACAGAGAGAAUAGAGGCAGUUUUAGAAAAUGUAGAGCAGUGUAUUAAUGAAACUGAGAAAAAUGAUAGGUCAUAUGAUGUAGUAGUUUAA